AGUCGUCAGUCAAAGGUGCGGCUCUGAAAUCUCUUGGCUGGUGUUUCUCCAGACGAUGACUUCAUGAUGCGUAUCUCACCCGAUCGGGCAACUCAAGUGGAUUAUUACAUCCUCAACGCGCUCUUUCCUGCGUGUCGUGAAAUCAUGGCGUGUGUUUGGUGUUGCUAGAUAACUUUUCCCUGCUACAUUCUACUUCGUACCUUCUGAUUAACACGUACCUUGAUUCGCUGGAAAUACAAUCGACUGUUUCGCUAGUGACACGAAUCAGUCAUGGCUGCCACGUACUUCACGUGCACUCUUGGACAGGCACAGUCUCUAGGCCUGACCAACUCCAAAUUCAAGAACAUCAACCAGUUCAUCGACUCUCAGGCAGAAGCCAUACCCAGCCAGCCAGCUGUUGGCUUCGCAAUUCCCUCCACCUCGGAUUCUCAAUGGAAGAGCAAUAUCUGGACUUUCUCGGAUCUGCAAGAGGGUUCUAAAAAGGUUGCGUCUCUGCUGCAGAAGACACAUGGAGAACUUUUAUCGAAAUCAGACACGGUUGCAUUAAUAUGCCCGAGCACUCCCGAGUUUCUCUUUACAUGGCUUGCUCUCAUGCGCCUUGGUCAUCCUGUUCUUCUGGUCGCACCUCAAUGUCAGCCAGCAGCAAUCGCUCAUUUGUGCAAGACAUGCCAAACUACGGUCAUUUUCCACGACGAGACGUAUGCAGAUCAGUCCAACGAGGCCGCAAACGUAGCUCGCGAUGACAGCGGAGAACUUCAUGCCAUCGAAUUACCAUUCUCCAAGGGCCACUCGUUGUCAAAUAUUAUGACACAGGAAGCUGUUGGCUCUACAAACUUCCCUGAUGUCAAGGACUCUGACGUUGCCUACCUUCAUCAUACCUCUGGAACAUCUUCCGGCGUACCCAAGCCGAUCCCGCAAACACAUCGUGCAGGCGCAGGUGUUCUUCCUUCAUUCCCUGAUGGAAGGCAGAGUGCUUCAUUCACUACAACCCCACUGUACCACGGAGGUGUGGCAGAUGCUUUCAGAACAUGGACAAGUGGCGCACUCAUCUGGCUCUUCCCUGGUAAGGGCAUACCGAUCACUGCAGCCAAUGUCAUCAAAUGCUUGAGUGCAGCAGGAGAGAGCACAAAGCAAGGACUUCCCCCUGUCAAGUAUUUCUCCUCUGUACCAUAUGUGCUACAAAUGAUGGAAGCAGAUGAACAAGGCUUCAAAUACCUCCAGAACAUGGACAUUGUUGGUGUCGGUGGUGCUGCCCUGCCAGAUGAAGUAGGCGAUCGCAUGGUUGGUAAGGGUAUCAACUUGAUAUCAAGAUUUGGCAGUGCAGAAUGUGGCUUCCUCAUGUCAUCUCACCGCGACUACUCCAAGGACAAAGCAUGGCAGUACUUGCGCAGCGACGAAGGAGCCGAGUUCCUUACUUUCGAGAAGAACGAGGAUGAUCUUGCUGAGUUGGUCAUUAAGCCAGGCUGGCCGCACAUGGCCAAGAAGAAUCGUGAUGAUGGAUCUUUUGCCACAGCCGACCUCUUUGCCCCUCACGACACAAUAUCGAACGCCUGGAGGUACCACUCUCGCGCAGACUCUCAACUCACAUUGAUCACCGGAAAGAAGUUUGACCCUGCUCCACUGGAGGGCGCCAUUGCCACUGUAGAUCUUCUAGAUGAUGUCUUGAUCUUUGGUAACGCACAACCGUUCCCAGGUGCCUUGCUGUUCCGCUCAAAAACGGCAAAAGAUAUUCCAGACGACGAGCUCAUCCAGAAGAUCUGGCCAGCCAUUGAGAAACUCAACUCAGAGAGCCAGGAUCACGCGCGCAUACCGAAGAAGAUGCUGGUUGCCAUGCCAGUAAUUGAUCAGCCAUUGGAAAAGAGCAGCAAAGGCACUCUCCUUCGAGGCGUUGUAGAGGCCCGCUUUGCUCAAGACAUCGACAAGGCCUAUACGAACAUGGGCUCUUUCAACGUCGGUGACGUGCCUGAUGAGAAGGUUUCCAAUGUCAUCAUAGAGAUGAUAGAGUCCAUCGUCCCGAAGAAGGCGAAACUGGACGAGAACACAGACCUGUUCUCUUAUGGCGUCGACUCAGUCGCCGGUAUUCAGAUAAGAUAUGGCCUUCGACAACUGCUCCCAGAAUCGACCAAACAGUUGCCGCUCAACGUGAUAGAGGAUUGCGGCACGGUGAAGCGAUUGAGCGAGUAUGUCGUCAAGCAGCGUCAUGGCGAAGAGCUUACCGACGAGGAGGAUGAACACAAACUCAUGCUUCAACUCGUCGACCAGUAUUCCAACUUUGAUAACAGAAGCCCGUCGUCGUCCACAAACGGGCAGGGUCAUAGCGAAACCGACAAAGGAGAUGUUAUCGUCUUGACGGGUGCAACGGGAGCUUUAGGGGCUCAUCUCCUGAAUCUCUACCGCAAACUCGACUCUGUCAAAAAGGUCUACUGCCUCGUCCGAGGAGCUGAACAUCAUGCCUCUGUUGAACGCGUCAACAAGGCUCUCGAACAGAGAGGUCUUGGUGGCCUGAAAACCGGUCACGAGAAGGUCGAAGUCCUUCAAGCGUCACUCGGCGAUGAUCACCUGGGACUCUCCAGUGGAGAUUACGAACGGAUUGCACAAGAGGUUUCGAUUGUUAUGCACGUGGCAUGGAGUGUCAAUUUUCGCAUGCGUUUACGCAGCUUUGCAAAGGACAACAUUGCGAGUGUGACAAAUCUCAUCAAUCUGGCAUUAAGGUCCGGCAGAUCUGAGCCCGCUAGAUUCGCAUAUUGCUCAAGCGUAGCAAGUGUCAUGUCCUACAGCAAAGGAGUCUCGAUCCCAGAGAGAAUUAUCGACGACCCGGAAGCCGCAAGCACCCUGGGCUAUUCCCGCAGUAAGUGGGUCGCCGAGCAGAUAUGCAGCAGGGCGAACGAGCACACCCAACUCCAGGGUCGCAUAGCCAUAUUCAGAGUCGGCCAACUCUCAGGGGACACUCAAAGCGGCAUCUGGAAUAUCAGCGAGGCCUGGCCGAUGAUGCUGAGCAGUGUCAAAUUAUCCGGUGCACUGCCGAACCUCGAUAAGGAAACAUUGGACUGGCUGCCAGUGGACCUUGCUGCCGUGGCCUUGAUGCAAGGCAUAGCAAGCGUAGACGGGAGCGGAGACGGCGCGCAUGUCCUGCAUGUGCUAAACGAGCAUCGCCGACCUACGUGGCCCACAAUGUUGCAAUGGCUCAAGAAACGACGUGCCUUUGACAUUGUGGACCCGCCAAAGUGGGUAGCGCGACUUGAAGAUAUGCAGGAAAGAGACGGCGUCGAUCACCCCGCAUAUAAACUUCUAGACCAUUGGAAGAGGGCUUAUGCCCCUGAGCACGAAUCGGAGGCUCAGGAUUCGGCGCCGACCGUCUUGCCUUUUGACAUGGCAAGAACCAAAGACGCAAUUGCCGUGCUGAGAGACGUCAGUCCUGUGGAUGAGCAGUAUUUUGCCAAGAUUUGGGACUGGAUCGACAGAACCAUGUAGAUGUCUGGCCAUUAUCAAGAUAUCAUCGCUGUGAUAAUAGAUGUAGAUCUAUAGAUUGUCGAUACUGAUUUGCACAUAGACUCUCUGAGUAUCGCGUGAAUGUGACCCCCCUCUUCGCAUAACUUUGCUCUAUUGAUUUGAGCUAUUUGUUGAGAAGGAUGGUAAACAUACUCUCGUGAUUGUGCCCAUGCAAUACCAGUGUGAGCGAGAUGAGAAACGUUGACGACGAUGAACUCUUC